AACCCAUGGUCCAGCAUGGCGUCGUCGCUGCCCGUCUCGGUGUUGGAGUACAUAGCACCCUGGCCUCUCUACGCACUCGCCUGGUCCUCGAGCCCCUCUAGUCCGGCUCUGGGGAAGUCGUCGACCCUUUCCGUGAACAGCAACACCACCUACGAGCCGUCACCUCCUCCUACAGCUUCCAGCGAUAUACCAGUGGAUGCUAGAUUGGCCAUUGGAAGCUUUGUCGAUGAGUACACCAAUCGGAUCCAGGUCUUGGGCGUUGGUCAAGAUGAGACAGGAACGCCCUGCCUCAAAGUGGUAGCCGAUGCCUCCCACCCCUACCCAGCCACUAGGAUUGCAUUUCAGCCCUCGUCCUUGAGUGGGGCUUCUUCAUCGGCGUCGUCCUCGUCUGCUACCACCACAACAAACUCUCGCUAUUCAAACCCAUCGAGCAAGAUGGCCAAACGUGCUUCUUGGGGAGCGUCACAUGCUUCUACGUCUGGGUAUGGUAGCGGAAGAGGCAGUUCGUCAUCGGACAAUGACGAAUCGAUGUCGACACCUAGAUAUCCAACACGGGAGUUACUGGCCACGACAGCCGACUGCCUCAGAGUGUGGGAGUGCGCUCACGAUGAGGAAGAGGGGCCCAGAUCGAGCUUCGUGGGCGCCUCCAAUCCAUCCUCUGGCUUACAAUACAGCCUUCGAGAGAAGAGCGUCCUUGCGCACUCAAAGAACACAACGUCUCCUCCUGCCCCACUGACGUCCUUUUCCUGGAACACGCCCUCGCCGAAUCUGAUAGUGACCUCGUCAAUCGACACGACCUGCACCAUUUGGGACUUACCAUCUCGGACAGCCCUGACACAACUUAUUGCUCACGACCGAGAGGUGUACGAUGUCGACUGGUGCCCAGGCAGCGCCGACGUCUUUGCAAGCGUGGGAGCCGACGGCAGUGUCAGGGUAUUUGAUCUGCGGAGCCUUGAACACUCUACCAUUAUCUACGAGACAGGCAACCCAGGUGCGACCGCCAGCGCUAGCGGUGGGAAUGGAGGAAGUCGACCAGACAGCGGAUCCAGCAGCACAAAGAAUGUGCCUGCAGCCCCGCUGCUUCGCAUUGCUUUCAAUCCUUGGGAUGCGAAUUACUUGGCAACAUUCCAUCUCGAUUCCGACACGGUGCAGAUUCUCGACGUACGGGCGCCAGGCUCACCAAUACUAGAGCUGAGGGGCCACGCUGCCAGCGUCAAUGCUGUCGCGUGGGGACCUCCAGGCAGCGGCGGCAUGGGCGGCGCAACAUCGAGUAAGGGCAUGGUUUGCACAGCCGCCGACGACUGUCAGUGCCUAGUCUAUGACCUGGCUAGCGCGACCUUGCGGAGCGCCUCGGCCCAGGGUCGAAGGUCACGGAACGGUGCAGGCCCAAGUCCCGCGCCCUCUUCAAGCAACAGCAGCUACAUGGAUGGCAGGAGCGCCACGCCAGCUCGGUUUGCAGAAGCUCCCAUUCUGACAUACGCUGCCCACGAGAUGGUCAAUAACGUGGCAUGGCUUCGGGCCUCAACAUCGACGAUUUCACAGUCACCUUCGACGAACGCAAAAGGCAGUGUGGUGCAGGAAUGGGAUGAUUACACCGCACGAGCAAGGCAAAAGCAGCAGUCCGGUAACAAUGAGCCAGACGUCGACUGGCUCGCAAUGGUAGCUGGCCAGUCCGUCAAGGCAUUGCGGGUAUGA